UGUAAUUUCUCUUUACGAUGUUCCUGCUCUAGUUCAGAAUUGAGUUUCCCCGCAAAAAAAAAAAAAAGAGUUCAGAAUUGAGUUACUUGAUCUAUACGGUAUACAUAAGUCUGGGCGCCUGGCUUCCUGGAAUUCCGGUCUGAAUGCUGAGUUUUCAUUUGGGGUUGGAUGCUAGUACAAGUUAGAAAUGUGUGGAUCCUUGCAAACAACUGGAUGCUGACCUCUGAGCUUGGGCUUUGGACUUUGGAGCACUGCACAUUAUUCAUUUGUCGUCCGUGAUUAAUAAAUUGGGUUCUCUUUAAGUGCAGAUGAAGAAAUCAUGUACUGCUCCAGAUCUUGUAGUCAGUAAACAAUGUAGUAAAUCUGCACCCACAUUGCCAUGUGCAGCAGUUUCCCACAUAACUCCUACUAGAAAUCUAUCAGUCGUUGCCACCUUCCCAUAUUCAAUCUUCCAUUAGCUUCGGUUUUGCCUUUAUUGCUUCCUCUUUUCGUUUCAAAUUUGCCUAGUGGCUUCUCUAAUCAAGUUGCUCAAAUGCCGCAUUUGGCGCCCAGAAAGUUGCUCCAUUUUGCUCCUAAGAAUGCAGAAAGCUGUUGCAUGAUAAAUUAGUUCGGUUCGGCCAGUACUACUGCGUUGCCAGUGAUCGGCUACUUAUCUGACAUAAACAAACGAAGAUGCUGCUCGUCUAGUUCCCUGAUUUGGAGAUUCAUCAAAUGGAUCAUCUCAGUAUUAGAAAUCCUUUGUCUCUUCUGCUCUCACUGCAGUUGUCACUUUUGUUGUUCAAUCCCUUGUCUGUAGCAGACUUAACCUCUGAAAAGCAAGCCCUUCUAGACUUUGCCUCUGCAGUGUAUCGUGGCAACAGGCUCAACUGGAGUCAAAGCACAUCAUUGUGUUCUUGGCAUGGCGUAAAAUGCUCAGGAGAUCAGUCACACAUAUUUGAAUUAAGGGUACCAGGUGCUGGUCUCAUUGGAGCAAUUCCUCCAAACACUCUUGGAAAGCUUGACUCUCUCCAAGUUCUGAGCUUACGGUCUAAUCGUUUAGCUGGAAGCCUUCCAUCUGAUGUGACUACGCUUCCUUCCUUACGAUCCAUAUACCUUCAGCACAAUAACUUUUCAGGAGAUUUGCCUUCCUUUUUGAAUCCUAACCUCAGUGUAGUGGACCUCUCCUACAAUUCCUUUACCGGUGAAAUUCCUAUAAGCUUACAAAACCUUUCUCAGUUAUCAGUCCUGAAUUUACAAGAAAAUUCUCUCUCUGGAUCCAUCCCUGAUCUCAAGCUUCCAAGUCUGAGACUAUUGAAUCUGAGCAACAAUGAUUUGAAAGGCCAAAUUCCUCAGUCGCUUCAAACAUUUCCAAAUGGCUCAUUCUUGGGGAAUCCUGGAUUAUGUGGGCCACCUCUAGCUAAAUGCUUGCUUCCUGAUUCACCGACGCCUUCACCAGCAUCCCCUUCAUCAGCACCAACUCCAAUGUCAGCGCAUCAUGAGAAAAAGUUUGGCGCCGGAUUCAUAAUUGCAGUUGCUGUUGGGGGCUUCGCAGUACUGAUGUUUGUUGUGGUUGUGUUGGUUGUGUGUAAUUCAAAGAGGAAAGGCAAGAAAGAGAGUGGUGUGGACUACAAGGGUAAGGGCACUGGUGUCAGAAGUGAGAAGCCAAAACAGGAGUUCAGUAGUGGCGUUCAGAUCGCCGAGAAAAACAAGUUGGUUUUCUUGGAGGGUUGCUCCUAUACCUUCGAUUUGGAGGAUCUACUGAGAGCUUCUGCAGAAGUCCUUGGCAAGGGAAGUUAUGGAACUGCUUACAAAGCUAUACUUGAGGAUGGUACCGUUGUUGUUGUCAAGAGACUAAAAGAUGUCGUGGCAGGAAAAAAAGAGUUUGAGCAACAGAUGGAACUAAUUGGUAGGUUAGGUAAACAUGCAAACUUAGUCCCACUUCGUGCUUACUACUAUUCUAAGGACGAGAAGCUCAUCGUCUACGAUUAUCUCACCAAUGGCAGUUUCUCAACCAAGUUACAUGGUAUCAGGGGUGUUACUGAAAAGACACCAUUAGACUGGAGCACCAGAGUGAAGAUAAUCCUUGGAACAGCAUACGGCAUUGCACACGUUCAUGCAGAAGGUGGCGCCAAGCUCACCCAUGGCAAUAUUAAGUCUACAAAUAUCCUCCUCGAUCAAGAUUACAGUUCUUAUGUUUCAGACUAUGGUCUAACUGCCCUGAUGAGUGUUCCAGCCAAUGCAUCUCGCGUUGUGGUCGGUUAUCGCGCUCCUGAGACCAUCGAGAACCGCAAGAUCACCCAGAAAUCCGACGUCUACAGCUUCGGCGUCCUCCUCAUGGAGAUGCUUACCGGUAAAGCUCCACUCCAGUCGCAGGGCAAUGACGAUGUCGUCGACCUACCAAGAUGGGUGCACUCGGUGGUCAGAGAGGAGUGGACAGCCGAGGUGUUCGACGUCGAGCUGAUCAAGCAGCAAAACAUCGAGGAGGAGCUUGUUCAGAUGCUCCAGAUAGCAAUGGCUUGCACAUCAAGGUCUCCAGAUCGACGCCCAUCGAUGGAGGAUGUGAUCAGGAUGAUCGAGGGACUGCGCCAUUCUGCUUCAGAGAGCCGAGCUUCCUCUGAUGAAAAGAUGAAGGACUCCAAUCCACCAUCGGUUUAGUUAUGUGCUCCUGUGUUCAUAUGCCUCACCAAGCUGCGAGUUGCAGAUCAUUUGAUUCUUAGCUAAUUUGUGAUUGAGUUCAUGCUAAACAUGGUCGACAUUAGAUGCAGCCUCAGAAAGCUGAGCAUAUUCUGAUUGGAACUUAUGAGUCUUGAAUUCUUGAUUCUUGACAAGUGUAGGAUUUUUUUCUCUGGGAAUUUUGAUUGUUGGAAUUGUGCAUUUUGUGGUGUGAUUUCAUUA